AAGUGGUGUGUACCAGGAUGCCGUGGAGCGGAAGCUGUCCCUGGCGGGAGUCAGUGGGGCUACCCGGCCUGAGACUCUGCCUCUUGUUGCUAGACGACGCGAACUAGCCUUCGUCACUUCCUCAGCCCGCCGCCUCCCCACUCCCCAGGCCGGAACCCAGGGGCCCGGAGCCGGGGUGGGCUCGUCUUCCGGGGUCCAGGACCGCAGCUAACUCGGCAGCUGGAAUCGAGGCCACGCCACCUGCGGGGAAGAACCUAAGCUGGGCUGGGAAGAUGGCUGCAGACAAGCCUGCAGAUCAGGGAGCAGAGAAACAUGAAGGGACAAGUCAGUCCUCUGGGAUUACUGAUCAAGAGAAGGAGUUGUCCACCAGCGCUUUCCAAGCUUUCACAGCUGGAAAUUAUGAUGCCUGUCUGCAACACCUUGCUUGCCUACAAGAAGUAAACAAAGAUGAUUAUAAAAUAAUUUUGAAUACAGCAGUGGCUGAGUUUUUUAAAAAUAACCAAAUGACAACAGAUAGUUUGAGACAAACACUUAACCAGCUGAAGAAUCAGGUCCACUCGGCUGUUGAAGAAAUGGAUGGAUUAGAUGAUGUUGAGAACAGCAUGUUGUAUUACAAUCAGGCAGUCAUUCUUUAUCAUCUGCGGCAGUACACAGAAGCGAUAGCAGUUGGUGAAAAACUUUACCAGUUCAUAGAACCUUUUGAAGAAAAAUUUGCCCAAGCAGUGUGUUUUUUGCUUGUAGACCUAUAUAUAUUAACCUAUCAAGCUGAGAAAGCUUUGCAUCUUCUUGCUGUCCUAGAAAAAAUGAUUUCACAAGGCAACAAUAACAAAAAUGGGAAGAAUGAGACUGGUAAUAACACCAACAAAGACGGAUCAAAUCAUAAAGCUGAAAGUGGAGCCCUAAUAGAAGCUGCAAAAUCAAAGAUUCAUCAGUAUAAAGUAAGAGCUUAUAUCCAAAUGAAGUCCCUGAAAGCAUGCAAAAGGGAAAUCAAGUCAGUCAUGAACACAGCUGGAAAUUCUGCACCCUCUCUAUUUCUUAAAAGCAAUUUUGAGUACUUAAGAGGCAAUUAUCGAAAAGCUGUGAAGCUAUUAAAUAGUUCAAACAUUGCUGAACAUCCAGGAUUCAUGAAAACAGGUGAAUGCUUGAGAUGCAUGUUCUGGAAUAAUCUUGGUUGCAUCCAUUUUGCCAUGAGCAAGCACAAUUUGGGAAUUUUCUACUUUAAAAAGGCUCUGCAGGAGAAUGACGGUGUUUGUGCACAGCUGAGUGCAGGCAGCACUGAUCCAGGCAAGAAAUUUUCGGGAAGACCCAUGUGUACAUUACUAACCAACAAGAGGUAUGAGUUGCUAUAUAACUGUGGCAUUCAGCUUCUUCACAUUGGAAGACCUCUUGCUGCCUUUGAGUGUCUGAUUGAAGCUGUUCAGGUUUAUCAUGCAAAUCCCCGCCUCUGGCUAAGGUUGGCUGAAUGCUGCAUUGCUGCAAAUAAGGGGACUGCUGAACAAGAAACUAAAGGCCUUCCGAGUAAGAAAGGAAUUGUACAGUCUAUUGUUGGUCAAGGCUAUCAUCGUAAAAUAGUUCUGGCAUCACAGUCCAUACAGAAUACUGUAUAUAAUGAUGGACAGUCUUCAGCCAUUCCUGUAGCCAGUAUGGAGUUUGCAGCCAUUUGUCUCAGAAAUGCCUUGUUGCUGUUACCCGAAGAACAGCAAGAUCCGAAGCAGGAAAAUGGGUCUAAAAAUAGUAAUCAAUUAGGUGGGAACACGGAGAGCAGUGAAAGCAGUGAAACUUGCAGCAGUAAAAGCCAUGAUGGAGAUAAAUUCAUUCCAGCUCCACCUUCUUCUCCAUUGAGAAAACAGGAAUUAGAAAACUUAAACCCUUCCCUUUUGUGUUCCAGAUGCUCCAUACUUGCCUGUAGUGCUUACGUGGCUCUGGCUUUGGGUGAUAACCUUAUGGCUUUGAAUCACGCAGAUAAACUUCUUCAGCAGCCCAAGCUGUCAGGAUCGCUUAAGUUUUUGGGCCAUUUAUAUGCUGCAGAAGCCCUCAUCUCUCUGGACAGAAUAUCUGAUGCCAUUACUCACUUGAACCCAGAGAAUGUCACUGAUGUUUCCUUAGGGAUCUCUUCAAAUGAGCAGGACCAAGGCUCAGACAAAGGUGAAAAUGAAGCAAUGGAAUCCUCUGGGAAGCGGGCCCCUCAGUGCUACCCCAGUUCGGUCACCUCUGCCAGGACCGUGAUGCUAUUCAAUCUUGGCAGCGCCUACUGCCUGAGGAGCGAAUACGACAAAGCCCGAAAGUGUCUCCACCAGGCGGCUUCAAUGAUCCAUCCUAAAGAGGUGCCCCCUGAAGCCAUCUUAUUGGCAGUCUACCUUGAACUGCAAAAUGGUAAUACCCAGCUGGCCUUACAGAUCAUCAAAAGGAAUCAACUGCUCCCCACAGUGAAAACAUUGUCUGAGAUGAGAAAGAAGCCAGUGUUCCAGCCUGUCCACCCGAUCCAGCCCAUCCAAAUGCCAGCUUUCACUGCACAGAGAAAGUGACAUUUUUGCUCUCAGAAAACUGUUACUUGAGACCCAGGGGGGUAUUUACGGGCCUUUUUAGUUGUAUCACAGCAAAAUGAAUAAAAGCAGAUGGUGAAAGGUGCUAGUUUUGAAGACACAAUUUUGAAAUGAUUCUAACCCCUGGCUUUUUGGGGUUUUUUUGUUUUGUUUUUGCCAGAAGCUUACUUAAAAUUAAGGAUUCACAAACUCGUUUUCAUCUUUUUCUUUAAUCUUACAUUUUGAGCCAUUAUGUGAUGUAUCCAUGUCAUAGGCAAUUAAAACAUGGUCUUAUCAGAACAGUCUUGUAUAAUACAUUUUGUCUUUCUUGCAACUGUUGGACAAUUUUAGCAUCUGAGGUUUAGUGUUAAAGUUUUAAAACCUGAGAGACCUGUCAGCAGUAGAUGAGUAGCCAAUCCAGAAGCUGGUCUGGGGGCAGAGAGGAGGGGAAGUUGAUGUGUUUUCUGCCUGGUUAUGACUAAAAGGACCAGAAAAUGCAUAAUAGAACCCACAAGGCCAUUAAAUUGGCUUAAGAAGAGAUGACUGGUCUGAUAGGAAUCACUUGCUUCAAGAUUACAAAUGAAGACAAACCAGGUUCAGGGCAGUGGUCAUGUUCAUCCUCCUGUACCCCUAGGCAGAGGCACUGGUUCUAGAGUCUGUUAGCAAGGAGCUCAAGGUUCAUUGUUAACCUCUUUGCAGAUACAAACAAAAAUUUAAAAUUGUUUCUAUCCCAGGUGCCUGGCUGACUCAGUUGGUAGAACACAUGACUCUUGAUCUUGGGGUUGUGACUUUGAGCCCCACGUUGGGUGUGGAGAUUACUUAAAGAAUUAAAAAAAAAAAAAAAAGCUGCUUUCGAACAGACAGACAUAUGUUGUGGGAUUAACAUGGCCAAAAUUUGUCCAUAGCGUUAAUACAUUAACUUUAGGGGGAAAAGCCAUAAUACAGACUUUCUUUGGAAAAAUUGGGUCGGGGCACCUGGCUAGCAUGGUUGGAGGAGCAAUCAUCUCUUGAUCUCAGGUUUUGAGUACAAGCCCCACGUUGGGUGUACAGAUUCCUUAAAAAAUUUAAAAAAAAAAUUUUUUUAAGAUUUUAUUUAUGUGAGAUAGGGAGAGAGCAUGAAUUGGAGGGAGGGGCAGUGGGAGAGGUAGAAGCUGACUUCCUGGUGAGCAGGGAGCCCCACACAGGGCGCAACCCCAUAACCUGAGCCAAAGGCAGACACUUAACAACUGAGCCACCCAGGUGUCCCCAGAAAAAAAUUUUUUAAAAAAAGGGGCACCUGGGUCACUUGGUUGGGUAUCUGAACUCGAUUUCAGCUCAGGUCAUGAUCUCAGGGUCGUGGGGUCGGGCCCUGUGUUCAACAGAGAGUCUGCUUGAGGUUCUCUCUCUCUCAGAUUUCAUUUUUAAAAAAGAUUUUAUUUAUUUAUUAGAGCAUGGGGGCGGGGACAGAGGGGGAGAGGGAGAAGCUGAUGCAGGCCUUGAUCCCAAGACCCCAGGAUCAUGAUCUGAGCUGAAUGCUUAACCAACUGAGUGACCUAGGGGCCCCUAAAUAAAUAUUUUUUUAAAAAAAGAAAAAUGAAAGAAAAAUUGGGUGCCCUCCUGGUUGAGAUCAUGUUUGGUAGGUUCAUCAAAGCUUGCUAUUUAGGAGUGUCCCUUGCUGUCUACACCUCUUCAGUUCCCUAGUUUGGAGACCACAUUCAGAUAGGGAAGUCUGACACACCAGCUGACUGAAUGGUUCCUCACUUUCACGCCUGGAGAGGAAAGUAUUUGAUAGCAAAGCACAUAAUUUACCCAAAACUUGAUCUUAUUCUGUUGCUGAAAUCACUUUACAUAGGUAUAUCUACUAGAACAGGGUAUCUGUGAUGUAAUAGACAUUGCACACAAAGGACUCAGAGAAGGGGGGAGUUUCUUUUUCCACUUUUUUAAGAAUUUAAUUGACAGAGAACAUAAGUAGGGGGAGCAGCAAGCAGAGGGAGAGGGAGAAGCAGGCUCCUUGCUGAGCAGGGAGCCCGAUGUGGGGCUCGAUCCCAGGACCCUGGGAUCAUGACCCAAGUCAAAGGCAGAGGCUUAACCAACUGAGCUACCCAGGCACCCUCUUUUUCCAACUAAACAUGGGAUGGGUGGGCACAAAGGGGUUCUGUUGCUCUUUUAAGAGCCAUAUUACUCUUAAAAUUUGUCUUUACAGAGUAAAUUUUUUCUAGGUAGAUACUGAAAACAGUGGCCUAGCUUCCAUGGGCCUCUCAAAGCCAUUUCCAGAUGAGAGGAAGACCCUUAAGCUUCACUGGUGUUGGUCCAAGUCUGUAGCCUCUGUAUUCCCAAGUCCCAGACAAGCAGCAGCACUGGGGGACCCACUCAUAUGCUGCAGGUUGGUAACAGAAUUGCUUGUCCUAGACAGUUUUUGGAGAAUGAGUCCACAGACCUGAUAAAUUGGAGGACCCCACAGGGUCUUGUUAGUGUGAAGUGGGAAAAGGCCUGUUAGUUGUACUUGAGGACAAUACAUCUUUGGAGAAAUCUCAAGAAAUGAGAACUUUCCUUGCUUGCUGAUUGGUUUAUGGGAAAGUAGGAAUAGCUAUGAGGCAGGUCAGGCCCCAUGUUGCUGUGUUAAAUAAGAAUACAUUUGGGGUGUCUGGGUGGCGCAGUAGGUUAAGCGUCUGACUCUUGGUUUCUGCUCAGGUCAUGAUCUCAGGGUCAUGGGAUUGAGCCCCACAUCGGGCUCCUCACAGAGUCUGCUUGGGACUCUCUCCCCACUCACUGGCAUGCUUUCUCUCAAAUCUUUAAAAAAAAAUACAUUUGGCUGCUAGUAGUAAACAAUGGGUUCAUGAUAUCAACGAAGAUUGUUUUUCUCUCACUUAAGAGGUAGGCACAUAGGCAGCUGCUGGCCUUGGUUCUAGUGCUCAGGGAUGCCUUCAGGGACUCCACUCCCAUUUUCCAUGUCACUGUCCUUAGCAUUUGGGUUUUUGUCCUCAGUCACAGGAUGUUCCA